GGGGUGAGAGGUGUGUCUGUGUCGAGCGCGGCUCGAAGAGAGAAAGUUUCUGAGGCGGUUGCACACGUACCUGGAUCCUCUUGUGUUCCCUGAUCUCAUUCCACUUCGUGGAGCUGAGUAGUCGGUGUUCUUCUUUGUUAAAUCAUACGGUGAAAUUAAUGUGUUAUUUAAAGCGAAAGCACAAAUUUUAUUCGAUGAAAAACUGAUUUAUUUGUUCGUAUUCGAGAACUGCGUACUUUUUACGAUACGUGUUUUCUAAUAGUAACCGAGAUUGAAAAAAAGUACAGAUUGUAACGUGUUAAGAGGCGGAAAAAAUCCGGGUCCCAUUCGCUUCGUUUUCAGUUUGUAGGGAUGAAAGGAAAGUGUAGCUGCAGCAGGCCUUCUGACAGAAUUUGUUGAGGAAGAUGAGGUGCGACGUGUUGUGCCGCGGCAGUUGGUGGCUUCUGCUUGCGGUUCACCUCGCUUGUCUUCCGGUCUUAAUAUCAACACAAAAUUCUCCAGACGGUGCGGCUAUCUCGCUAGUUGACUUCUUGGAGGCAGUGGGCCACAGCGAAGCUGCGGCAGCGGUGAGACAGCGCAUAGAGAACAAGAUCACGGUGCCGUACUUCUCACCUUCAUUACCCUCCACUUUUUCGGACCCAACUGAGGGGCAAUUAUCGAUUGCAGACGUAUUUGCUACACUUCCAGGUAUAAAUUUACCCCACAACCUACGCUCUGGCGCAAAUUCAAAAAGAAAUUCCACUAUUGCAUCCAGUUCAAUUACAGUUUCAGAAUUUUCCGGCGGCUUUAGACUCAAUGUUCCGGCCAAUUCAAGCAAUUCACUGAGGAGUGAGCAUGAAGCACUCGAGCUGCCGUUAACAGAAUCGGAAAGCAAUAAAUAUGAUGCAGAGGAACAAUCUAUUGUCAUGAAGGACUUGGAAAAUGAAGACAGUCUUGCUGAAGAUGAAGAAUCAAUUGGUAGUGAUUAUUUCUCUCUCCACACUUCCUCUGAUUCGCUUACGUCAAAUGACCAAGUUGAAACCACAGAAGACCUAGAAUUGCUGCCCAUUACCUCAAAUUCCCCAAUUUUGUCGCUUUUAGAGAUGGAUGAAAAAUCAAGCAGAAUAACUAAUCCAUCUUCAACGACGGCAAAUGCUACAACGAAGACUUUUUCUUCGACAAACGGUCCCCACAACAGUGUUCAUCCGCCCCAGCAAUCUGCCACGGUUGAGUCGGGGAAGACUGUCAACGAGGUUGCGAAUUUUGUAAAUUCGUCAUCUGCGAAAAACGGAUCUCCAACAAGUGCGCUCGAUCAUUUGCCGGUCAUAUCUGUAACCACAGUGUUGAAUCAGAAAACUAGUGAACGUAUGAACUCUGUCUUAGCCAGUGCCAGCAUCGUAACCCCUGCUCUGGUCUCAGUGCAACAGCAGGUUAGUUCAGCAAGGCGCAUCCAACGGUCUAUCGAUUACGAUGUAUUAUCAGCUGGAAAUGAUGCUGGAACGGAAUUUCCAAGUUUGAUGACACUAGAGGGACGAUCAGCGAAUAAAUUGAAGAAAGGCAGUCGUCGUUCUGAUCCUGAACCUGACAUUGACGAUAUUAUACAAGGCAUUAUGCAACUUCUUGGAGGAAACGUAAAAAUUGAUGCUGAUUCGAGCGCGCACACUCAUUUAACAACUUUUGGCGGUGGACAACCAGUUAGCAGUACCCGUACUAACGACAGAGGCCCACCGAGGAUGCCUUUGAACCCGUUCAAUUUCUUCAACGGCAGACCAACACAAACACGGCCUCCAGUCCGAAGACCAGCUUCGGAAUCUCCAACGGGAAUCGCGUCCCCCGGGAGACCUUCAUUUAUGGCCAAUACUCUACCACCCUUCAUAGCUACUCUCCCUCCUCAGCUUGAUACUCCACGACUUCAUCUUCAAACGCAUGAAAGUCCCGUGCAAACAGCCUUUCUUAUGCCCGAGGCUAUGAUCCCUCCAUCAUCAGGAAGUGAAGUUUCGUCAUCCUCGCCCAUGUUCCCAUCAUCAAUUUCGACGAUUUCCUCCACAUCUUCCACAAUUUUGGCUGAAAACCCAACCGAAGUUAGUUACGAGGGUGAAACCACUGAAAAUAAUCUCAAGCAUGAAACAUUUCCUCCUCUGCAACCCAGCUCCUCAGAACCAGAGGUGUUAUCGACGGAAGCGACAACUCCUAUUUUACAAGAUGAUGUGAACGAAAAACCUACGGACACUGUUUAUUCCAUUGAAACUGAUGGCUUUGAUUUAGAGCCAUCCAUUGGUACAAAAGAGUCAACAGAUACUGUUAACUCGAUCUAUAACUCUCCUCUCCCACCCGACUUAAUUUCAAAAAUUAGAAAAUCUCCAUCUUUUACAGAAACUAGUAAGUCAAAGAAAAUUUCAUCAACUAUUAGUCCCACUGUGGCCAUUUCAAAUAUCUCUCAAAUUGACACAACAAUGUCAAGCUCCAAGCAGUCUAUUCACGGCACCACUUCACCAGGAUUAUUCUCCUUUACACCGACUAGGUCACCCGAGGUUCAGUCUCCACCUCCUCAGCUCCCAGUGAGAUCUCAUGUGCCCGUCCAAAGACCUCAAUACCCCCAAAGUAUUUCCCACACCAGAGUUGUUCCUCCAGCAACUGUAAACCAUGGUCCUAGACCGGGGAUGGUUCUGGAUGCUGAAUACCACCCUGCCCAUGUGGUCACCGCACCAGUUCGACGACCCACGGACCUCCACGGCGAAGUGUUUGACGUGACCGUGUCUGCUCAGCAAGGUUUCGGCGGCCAAGUUAGCCCAGUCAGGCCUCCUCAUUAUCCAUCCUACUUCCCGCGGCCUCCUUAUAACUAUCAAGAGGCUGGGGACCCGCUGCUGGUGACGCCGACAGGAGGGGACGAUGGCUUCGUGUCCAUCGACGGCCGCAAGACAUACUUCGACCUGUUCCCUACCGCCACCGCCAAGCCGCUGCCCCAUCAGACCGUGGGGCUGGGAGUUGGUGUGGUCAUCCCCGAAGAGGAUAUGAUAGACGGUGAAUUCCCCGACGACCUGAACGUCGGGCCGCCCUACAGCAUCCCCUCAAACCCCAGCGGGAUAACUGGGCCUAUGGGGCCGGUUCCUCCUCAGGCGCCCCAAGAGCCUGGUCUUCCAGGACCUUAUCUCUCGUCCCCUCCUUCUGUGCCUCCGUCGUCCAUAGGCACUCCGCUGCCCUUCAAACGCCGGCCCUCCACUCCCUCCAUCAGGAUCGACACGUGCAUCGUGGGCGACGACUCGACGUGUCAGGAGCAGCUGCUCGAGGUGUGCAGGACGGAGGGCGACGUCUCCUCCUGCUACUGCAAGCCUGGCACUGACAGGCGGCGACCCCGCACACCCUGCAAGAAAAUGGCGCUGCUGGAGAUGUCCAUCAAAGUCAACCGCGUGGGCCAGCAGCGCAUCGCCUGGAACGGCAACUACGCCAACCCCGCGUCCGAGGAGUACCAAGUGCUCGAGUGGGAGGCGCAGAAGGCGAUCGAGAGCGCAUUCAAGAAGUCGGCGCUGAAGUCCGUGUACCUCGGCAGCACCGUAGAGAAGUUCUACCCUCUGGGGGGCAACGUGAUCAUCAACAGCUCCAUCAAGCUUGAGGACAACCCCAACACCCGCAGCAGGGACAUCAAACGCAGCCUGCAGCGACACAUCAUUAAAGUUAUUCAGGCACACAACAACAACAUCGGCAGCUCAUCCCUCUGGGUGGACGGUCCACUCAACCCCAUCCCUCUGGUGGACGACGUGAACGAGUGCAGCGUGGAGACGCUCAACGACUGCCACGAGCACGCGACCUGCCUCAACGAGUUCGCCAGCUUCUCGUGUCGCUGCCUCCCCGGCUACACUGACAGGUACGAGAGCAAUCCGGACCGCGCAGGUCGCCACUGCGAGACCUGCUCGCCGGACCACUGCCAUAAGCGCGGCGAGUGCAAGAUCAGCAACGGCAAGAAGAUUUGCGAAUGCAAAGGUUCGUACUACGGCGAUCGCUGCGAGGUGGAUGGUGAGGUGGUGGCCGUGGCCGUAGGAGCGUCCGUAGCGGCCGUCAUCAUCAUCCUGCUGACGCUGCUCUUCCUCUGCAUGUGGAGUCGCCGCUGGAAGAUGCAGGACCAGAAGAGCGAGACCCUGCGGCGCGGAGGCUUCCUGGCCCGCGCUGCCGCGGGUGGUCACUACCUGCAGCAGAAGUUCGCGAUGGUGGCCCAGCCUCAGCCCCAGCAGUUCGGGCCCACAAUGGAGGACCACAUCCGCUGGGCCCAGAUGAGUGAGGCCGCCAUGGCCGCUCAGCAAAGCCUCUACGGAACUUUGCCCGGAACGACCACCUCUCUCUACGGCCCGACGAACCGCGGCUUCUUGAACCGAGGCCAUUUCCCUCCAGCACGACCCUACCGAAAUUACCCAGAGUCAGUGUACUCUCGGGUGUCCAGGACUCUGUCUCGCCCCUUGACAUUCCGUGACAAGUUCUUGGCUGGACUCCGAUCUAUUUUUUCACGGAGAUCAAGCACUGAAACUAUCAAGACUAGCCAUGGAGACUUGUCGGCCUUCAUCGUUUCUCCCAAUCCUAACACGAUGGGCAUGCAGCAGAUGAUGGCGCUCCAGGCUCAUCUCGCGGCCAACACCCAAAAUCAGGAUCACCUCACCGGGAACGGCCUACAGCAUCCCACGCCCCUGGGACCGCCUACGAUGUACAAGCCUCAUCGUCAGAUGGGCAGCGGGACUGAGUACGGCCCCGUGUUCCCCCCCAACCAGUUUGGGGGAUCUCAGUACGGCCUGCACCCCCUGAACGCCACACUGCUCCCCAUGGGGCAGGUCCCUCCCCCCUCCAUGGUGCACCAGAACUUCUCCAGAACUCCCUCCACUUACGGCCCCUACCCAGGCCCCGCCUCCCUCACUAUGUCCCAGAGCGGCGCCUCACGGGCCACUCUGCAGCUCUGUGGGCCCGCGUCAAGCGGGGUCGAGACAAGCUCUGAGGAAGAGGACGCCCGUCGGGGGGGACCCGGCAGUUGUUACCAAAUCCCCAGACCAAAGUCCCGCGCAUCAGUUGGGGAUUCCAGUGAUUUGUACUACGAACUUGACGAAAUGACCAACCCUCCUCCAAACAGCGGUGACUUCGCUCACUUCAACACAAUUCUUGCUCACAGUUCUUCGGCUCAAACCUUGGCACAAGCCGAGGUUCUGAGAGCUCAGAGGCAAAGCUUCAGGCUCCCCUCCCACCCCCCUUACCCCAGAGAACCUCCUCCCCCUCUACCACGACAUGUAUAUUCAUGUUAGAUGUCAUCUUCUUUUAAAGUUGAGGCAACUAAACCGCUGCAUUAUUUUGGAAAAUGGACGCUUAUCUCGCUUGUACUUCUUCAUUCUAGAUUAUCCAUUUGGUGGCAAAAUUAGCCGAGUAAACAGUUAUAUGAGCAUUACAGUCAUCGUGCUAUGUUUAGACUUGAAUGCAAGAACGCAAUUGAGGAUUAUAUGACACUUUUGGCAAUUAACAUGAACAGCUGGAAUAAGUAAUGUUCAUUAGAAUGAAAAAAGUUUGCUCGCAAUCGCAGAGUAUGAAAAACGUUCAAUGAUCUAAUUCUAACCGAACGAGGAAAUCGGUUACAAGCGAUAAUUCUGAAAAAGAACACGCAAAAUAAUUCUGCAUUUAACUUUAUGAGUAACAGAUCGAGUCUCGCGAAACAUCUAUACGUCGCUCUGAACGAUGCACCAAUAUAAGUUGGUGCUGACAGUCCUAGAGGCUUCGUUAAAAUUUAUUUGAGUUUUGUGUGUUGCAGCAAUAAUGAAUUGUCGGUCACUGAAGCACUGAUUAACGAAGGCCAUACGGAAUUAAAUAUAAUUUUAAAUACAUUUUUCACACCAUUUCUGGAGUAAAACAAAGAUCAUGAUCUUGCCAAAGCGUUUCUACUUUACCCCGUUUCGUAUGCUUGAAUUUCCCGACAUUCCCGCUACGUGAGACAAAAUGUACCAGCUUAGUAUUUGCCAUUGCAAGUCAAUCCUAUCCCGAAAACGCCGAACAAAACUGUCAUGUUUGUAGAUAUGAGCUGCCGAUAUACCGCUUUUGGGUGUAACCUGCGUGAGUAUAACCAUGAAGAGAAUUCCUUGCAUGCGACUUUGACUGUGACAGUAAAGUGUAUAAUAGCUAGUCAAAUGACUGUGCCUGCAAUGAACCCGACUGUUGACUUGCCCUCUCUUAUUGUGUUUGAUCUUUACAGUUAGUUCCUUGCACACUCUGUCGAAAAAUGUUGCAAUCUCCCGCAUAAAAAAAAUAGUUCCAGAAACUGUUAGAUUCUGCUGAUCCAUUUUGUAAAUAUUCCUGUCCCUGCUGUUUGUCCAUAAUUUAGCGCUAUAGACCUGCAUGCUAGACAGCUUUUUAGAAUAUCGAUACUCAAUCUCGCAAUGACUUCAGCUCGCUCGACUUAGAAUUUAAAGUUCUAGCCACGGAUUUGUGAGUCUCCCAAAUGAGCAUAGGAUCGUAUGGCUAAAUUAAUGUGGUAUAAACUUAGAAUAUUGAUGUAUACGAGAUGAAUCUCUGCAGUUCAUGUAGAUCAUCAUGCAAUACAUGUCCAGUUUCAUUCCCUAUGUACCUCGGAAAUUAUCCUAGUAAGUGCAUUAAAUUAUGACGAAUUUAAUUUUAAUAAUUUCUAUUGAUGCUUUGUAAAUUUUUUAAUGCCAGUUCAAAGGGGAAGAUAAACAGUGCUGGUGUCAAUAUGAUUAUAGAUUAAAUAUAACUAAAUGAGAAAUUAUUUAAGGAUUUUUAAAAGAAUGUUAAAAAUAUUGCAUGCUCUUUCAAUACGUGACUGAAAACCGUCGCCAAAACCUCAUUUUUCAAUAUUUUGUAAUAAAAAUUUGAUUAUGAACGUGCAUUGAAUGCUGCGACUAAGUCUUGCUGAAUAUUUAUAUGUAAAGCGUUAGAUUGCGUUAUGUAUUUAUUUUAGGAUA